AUGGCAGCGCGUUUCCUAACAACCUCAGGAACAAGUGGUGUUGCGCUUGCCACUGCUUCAGCUGGUGUGCUAUACUCAGCACUGUAUACCACAACAGGAUGUGAGGAACGUGCUGAGAAAGACAAGAACUUCCGAAUCGAAGUUCAUCUGAUGGAUAAGAUACAGCAGAAAAGUUAUCUUGAAACGGCAAAAGAAGGGAUUCCAUCGACGCUCAGGAUAAUGGCUAUUGAUCUUCCAACAUUGCGGAAAGAUGCAUUCGUGGGAGAAUGCCGUCUAGCCCAUGACAAGAUCUUUGUGGAUGAUGUUGCACCUCCGAAGGCAAUUCAAGUUGAGACAAGAGAUGAAGCGAAGAAAGCCAAAGAUGGAAAGAAACCAUCCACUGAGAAGCUAAGAAUAGCGCAAAAGGCCUUGGUCAAAUCGCUUGUCCAAUGCCGGAGCGCGCAGUCUCAACAGAAAGCAGGGGUCGAGAUAAUGGAGGCUUCGGUGGCCGGCCUAAAUAGGUUUCGAUUGCGCAAAACCCAUGAAGUAGGAAGUUUCAAAUAUGAUCCUGGGAAAUACUUUGUUGAGAAUAACAAAGAUCGUCGAAAGGAUAUGGACGAAGAGAUAGAAGAGGCUGAUCCCGCAGAAUUGCUGGAUUUUUCAUCCUACGAAGACGAACUCGAAGCUCCAUGGAAUCAAUAUUCCUGGAUUGAAGAAAUGAGAUUGCGGAUAUCCGGACAAGUCCCAUUCGGGGCUCCCUUGGAGCGCUCGAAUCGGUUCCAAAGAGUUUUCUUGGGAAGCGCAUUCCUUUCAACGGUUCCUACUGUCAGCCGAUUUUGGGAAUGGCCGUUGCCGAAAUUUGCAAAGAGUGACCCGGAUGGUCUGGAUGGAAGAAAUCAAACAGUUUGUCGAGCGUCCAGCAAGCCACAUGCUGUCAUUGCCAAUGGCGCUGCAUUGCAACGGGUACCUAGCUCAUUACGACUGCUACAAAAGGCAUGUCGCAAAGCAAAUGUUCCUCUGUUUGUCAUUGACGACCCCCGUGUCUGGGGAGGUAACACACAUUCCAGUCUUGGGGAAGCUCUGAAGGACAUGAGAAGCACGAUAAAGAAUCGUGUCAUUGCACAGGCGCUCAAGCAACAUGGUUCUUCAGCAUUCACAAGAGGCCGUUUGUUGGGCCAAGCGGAGACAGAGGCAAGAUGGUAUGCAAAGAAUAAAGCACAAAAGGCCAAAGAUCUCCUGUCAGGGGAAGGUAGAAGACGACGACGAAGGGCAGCCGAGCAACAGAGAGAUUGGAGUCGGCUAGACGCCAAUCUAUUGGAAAAGAAGCUCGUAGAAAGAGGCGUAAUUACCAAGAAGAAAGCUGAAAAUGAAAACCAGAGAACUUAUUCGGCAGCCAUGGUCGAGAUUUCCCGUCGCUGCGUCGAUGAGGUUUCAGAAGAAGGAAAAGAGAAUGAAGGGGAGAAAAGAAAAGAAUCAACAGAGGCGUGA